GCACUUCUCCAAGACGUCGGAGGUGGGAGCUGUGCGCAGGACGACGCGAGAUUUAACCAGCCCAAAAUAACGCGUGGUACACUUGGAAAACUCUGCUGCAAGACGGAGGGACACACAUGCAAACAGAACAGAGCACGGUAGAGUUCAAAACAAGACAAACUGGGAUCCUGUCGAGCUGCUGUUGAAACGAAAAGGAGACGGAAAAGACAACUGCUGGAGCAGUAGCUGGGUACAGUGACAGGAUGCUUUCAGAUGACCCAUGUGUGGAUGAUUCGGGAGAGGGCAGAGGGCAUUUAGAGUCGUACGUGUGAGGCUGUAUGCAGGGAGAUGUGCUGACAUCAGAGCUUUGCAUUGUCAACCAGAGGAUAAAGACGUAUCAGGAGGAUGCUGCAGUGACGAUUCAGAACAUGUCGGGUUUGCAUAGAUCACAUCAGGCUGUCAGUGUGGAGUAGUGCUGGAGGCUACGGGGCUGCUGUGUGCUGUGGGAAGUUCCUGAGAGUGCAGAUAGGCAGAGUGGCGGUCACUCACAGAGAGACACUUGUACAGAAAGUGGACUAGUGCUAUUUCACAAAAGGAUAUAAAACCCAGUCUUACACCUCUGCCUCUUUGCACCGGUGUGUUCGUUGUGGCUGCGCCUCAAGGAUUUGAAGGAGGCGGGCGACUGGGGUUGGCGCUUGUGCUGGAGUAAUGGUGGUGGUGGUGGGACUACCUCAGGAGUGGGCCUGGCCGGCUGUUCUCCUGAUGACUGGACUGGCAUCACUGAGCCGGGGUUCUGAUGCCAACAUGUUGGACACCAUGCUGAAGAACGGAUGGAAGGGGGGAUCGGAGCGAAGGGCGGAGAUGAGCAGCAGGACAGCCACAGUUUCAGCUCAGAAAGUGCUUUGGUGUGACUGCUACCCCCACUGCCCCCAAUACAACAAUACUUGCAAGACUGAUGGUUACUGCUUCACCAUGGUGGAGGAGGAGAAGGGGGGUCUGGAAGUACACACUGCAGGUUGUUUGCGUCUUGCCGGCUCUGAGUUCCAGUGCAGAGACACGGGAAAUGCACGUUUGAGGAGAGCUAUUGAGUGUUGCACGGAUCUGGACUAUUGCAACAGAGACUUGCAUCCUACUAUUCCUCCACUUGUACCGUCAGAUUACGAUGACAGCAGUAUUCAAUACAUGGCUCUCUUCAUUUCAAUCACAGUCUGCAGCAUCAUCCUGGGUCUUAUCCUCGUCUUCUUCUACUUCAGAUAUAAGCGUCAAGCAUCACGACCACGCUACAGUAUUGAGCUGGAGCAAGAAGAGACCUACAUUCCCCCUGGGGAGUCUCUGAAGGACCUGAUAGAGCAUUCCCGCAGCAUCGGGUCUGGCUCUGGGUCCGGACUCCCUCUACUGGUGCAGCGCACCAUCGCCAAGCAGAUUCAGAUGGUUAAGCAGAUUGGAAAAGGGCGAUACGGAGAGGUCUGGAUGGGCAAGUGGAGAGGAGAGAGAGUUGCUGUAAAAGUCUUCUUCACCACAGAGGAAGAGAGUUGGUUCAGAGAGACUGAAAUAUACCAGACCUUCUUGAUGAGACAUGACAAUAUACUGGGAUUCAUAGCAGCAGAUAUUAAGGGAACCGGCUCGUGGACUCAGCUUUACCUAAUUACAGACUACCAUGAGAAUGGAUCUUUAUACGACUACCUUAAGUCCAACACCUUAGACGUCAAGGCUCUGCUGAAACUGGCCUACUCAGCCAUAUCAGGCCUCUGUCACCUGCACACUGAGAUCUAUGGCACACAGGGCAAACCAGCAAUCGCACACAGAGACCUGAAGAGUAAAAACAUCUUGGUAAAAAAGAAUGGAUUCUGCUGUAUAGCAGACCUUGGACUGGCGGUCAAGUUUAACAGUGACACCAACGAGGUGGACAUCCCUCCCAACCUCCGAGUUGGGACAAAGCGCUACAUGCCACCUGAAGUGCUGGAAGAGACCCUGAACAGGACCUACUUCCAGUCUUUUAUAAUGGCUGACAUGUACAGUUUUGGCCUAAUCGUUUGGGAAAUGGCCCGACGUUGCAUCUCUGGAGGCAUUGUUGAGGAGUAUCAGCUGCCCUAUCAUGACCUUGUGCCCACUGAUCCGUCCUAUGAGGACAUGAUAGAAGUCGUCUGCAUUAAGAAACAAAGACCUUCAUUUGCUAACCGCUGGAGCAGCGAUGAGUGUCUACGGCAGAUGGGAAAACUGAUGUCUGAGUGCUGGGCUCACAACCCAGCUUCUCGCCUCACAGCGCUUAGAGUGAAGAAGACCCUAGCGAAGAUGUUAGAGACCCAAGACAUCAAACUGUGACAGAGAGUUAAGAGAGAUGCUCUCAUCACCAGAGACUUGUCACUGCCACUGGCAUAGCGCCACUUACACUGGCCAAUAUUAGAAAGGGAAGAUUAAAAAAAAACGAUAAGACAAAGGAUACUGACAGCGAGGAUGAGUGAUGGCGAUAACGGUAGACAGGGAGCCAGAAAAAUGAGACAAAAGAUUUAUUAUGUCAGGGGAGAAUCUGCCUUCCUGUUGUCUGAGCUGCCUCUGUCCCAAACAAAGUGUUCAGGUUGUGCUUUCUGUGAAAGCUGAGUAGUUGUCGGGUCCAGACUGUACCAUAGGGCAGGAAGACAGGGACCCUUGCAGGGGAGGAGCACUAAUGUCCUUCUCAUUAGCUCUAAACAGAGGAAGCUCUGCCCUUCUAAAGCCAUAUAGCAGUAUGUACAGUCUUUUGUACUGUCACAGCUGCCUUUUUUUCUUUUUUUGACUGUUGACCAUCCAAAGAAAUGUCUAAUUCAUGCUUAGUGACCUCAUUGUCAAUUAUAUUAUUAUUACAAAUCAAAGUAAGACUAAAUUUAUGAUAAAUCGUAUGUCCAGAAGGAACAGAUAUUUCUAUAUAGUAUUCCUAUGUACAUUUUAUUUUAAUAUUAAAAUAUGACCUCUUCGUAAAACAUGUAACGUCAUUGAUGAAUUUGUGAAAGUUGUUUGUCCUUCAGAGCUUGGAGAAGGCCUUGCUCUCCCUUUCCACUCGCAAUUCGUUUGUACAUAAUUGAGCUGAAGUCUAUUGAUAACUAUUGCCUUUCUGGAUGGUAAAAAGUUUUUGAUGAUUUAUCUGUGUACAGAAUAUGUCCUGUCCACUCUACCACUAUGGCAUGUGCCUUAUUUAAUCUGUACAUAUGUGAUUAAUAAGCGUGUAUGAGUGGAUCUGGAUAACAUAACCCCAAUAAAAAUGACUAUGCGUCUCAAA